CGAAAAAAACCGAAAGUGUUUUGGUGUGGUGUUUGUAUUGAUAUUGUUAAUUUAAAUGAGAAAUUAAAUGUUUUUUUGAUAUUUUUAAAAAUGUUUCGAAUAGAUUUAAUAUAUAAAUAUGGAUAAACGAAGAAUAACGAUUUUUCCAGAGGCACUUGAUCAAAUUUGUCGUUUGUGUCUUAAAGACGAUUGUACAUCCAAUAUCUUCCUUGGAACACUGGCAAAAAAUGGAAAGAAAUACAUAGAUUUAAUUUCUGUGUUAUCUGGUGCUCAGGUACAGGAAAAUGAUGGUUUACCAUCCAAAAUAUGCAAUACUUGUGCUAAUAAACUAUACGAUUUUUAUAUGUAUAAGCAACAGAUAGAAACCACACAAGUACUUUUACGCAUUGCUCUGGGUAAAGUAAUUGUACAACCUGCUAAACAGUCUGAAAGUUCUGAGCACAGCCUGCAAAUAGAAAAUAAGAAUUUAAAUAUACAGAAUGAAGUAAUUACAAUUGAUGAUGAUGAUGAAGAUAAUGAGACAAAUUUUGGAUACAAGAAUGCCUCUUUAAGUGUUGAAAAGGAAAAUGUUCAGGAAAUAAACUUGAACAAAAAUCCAAAUGAAAUCGAUAGACAAACUAUACUAAGUGUUUGUAAAAAUAGUACGGAAGGUUCCAUACUUAACAAUAAUUUAUCAAAUAAGGAAACACAAAAUAUUGAAGAUGUUAUGGAAUGUUGGAAAAAAAAUUACAGUUGCAUCUCUUGUAACAGUAAUCUAAAUACACAUCCGGAGCUCAAGUUUUAUAGUUUUCCACUAGAAACUAAAAGAUGCAAUGACUGGAAAAGAGCUUUGAAAUUGGAUAAAAUAGAACCUAUAUCACCUAUAACUCUACACAAAAAUGUUUAUCUAUGUGACAGACAUUUUACACCUUCAAUGUUCUAUGGUAAAAAUAAACUUAGAAAAACUGCAGUACCAAUAGAUUUUACUGAAGACCCAAGAAGUAAAUUAAAAGUUACUGUGCAAACCGAAAAUGAAAAUCAUAUUUCUGAUAUCAAUGAAGAUAAAAAUCCAACUGAUCUGGUGUGUAAUGAAUCUUUAGAUCUUUCUGAUGAUGAUGAUGAUGAUGUUGUCCCUAUUGCAAUUGUAGAUCAUAGUUAUUCAAAGAAAAUAACCAAGACCAAAAACAAAGAAAAAGAAGUAAACAAAGUAAAAGUAAAGAAAGUGAAGGAAGUAAAGAAAGAGACACCUGAAAGUACUAGAUUUCAAUGUAUUUCAUUUGAUGAAAAAGGAAAUCAAAUAUAUACUUGCUGUUUUUGUUCAGAAACAUUUGAAGAUAGACUAAUGUAUAAAAAACAUAAAUUUAAAGAAUAUAAGAAAAGGAGAGGAAAGCCAAAUACUAGGAUAGCUUGUAGUGUGUGUGGAAAACUAAUACGCAGAGUCCGAAUCAAAGACCAUAUGGUACUUCAUGGUAAAGAAAGACCCUACGUUUGUGAUAUUUGUGGAAAACGUUAUCGCAGUAGCUCUAAUUUGUAUGAUCACAGACUGACACAUAAAAAAAUUAAAAACAAGGUUUGCGAAAUAUGUGGAAAGAGCUUCUAUUAUGCAUGCAAACUUCAAUUGCACCUUCAGACACAUAAUACAAAACCCGAGCCAAACCCUAAUUUUAUGUGUCGUAUUUGCGGAUAUACUUGUUCCACUAAACAAAGUCUUAAAAAACAUGAAGAUAAUCAUCUUUUGGAAAAAAAAGGUUUGCGUAAAGUACGUAAUCGUGCAUAUUCAAUGAGGAAAUCUAUUAAACUUACAGAAAAGAAAACUGAAUGUGACAUCUGCCAUAAGAAAUUCCGUUUCCACAGCCAUGUGAUCAUUCACAUGCGUACACACACUGGAGAGAGACCAUUUAAAUGUCAGUACUGUAGUAAAUAUUUCCGGCAACAAGGUCAACUGGAUUAUCAUGAGCUGUUACAUACCAGAGUAAAAGCUUAUGAAUGUUCUUUUUGUGGAAAAAAGUUCACAUUGAAUGGUACUCUUCAGCAACAUAUUAAAAUACAUACUGGAGAUAAGCCACAUCAGUGCGAUUUGUGUGAUAAAAGAUUUUAUACAAGUAGCGCCGUAAGGAAGCAUAAAAAUAUUCAUGAAAAUAAUCUUGGAUUGAAACCGUCUUAAUGAAAUAAAUUGUACGUUCAUUGUUUUAUUAUUUUAGUUUAAAAUAAGAGCAGAAGCAGUUUACUAGUUUAAUCUUUAAGCAAAGAUGGCGAGUCUGAAUCUUACUAUUUCAUUACAGUAAUUUCUCUAGUUGCCACUGGUGAUGUGUAACAAAUCAGACACUUUCCAAUUACUACAACAUCUUUAUAAGUUCUUCCAAACUAGCAUGCGAUACAAAAUUAUAAAAAUUUACAACACGGAUUACAAAAUAACCUUUUGAUAAAAUUGAGACAAAUUUUUGUAUAAAUCUUAAAAAUAAACUCGCCUGUAGAAAUUUAAUAAUCUGAUUUUUUUUUUAAAUAACUAAACUGUCAAAAAUCUAGAUUUAAAUUGGAAAUGUGUUAUUGGAAAAACAAAAGAAUCGCCUAGAAACACUGAAAACGGAAGACGUAUUUCUAGCUCUUCUGAGCUUUUUUUUAAACCAUUUUGAAACCCAAAUAAAAAAAAACAAAAUUAAUUUUUAACCACAUUAACGACAAAUAAAAAUAGGUAUAUAGGUCCCACCAUCGGGACGUAGUACAUGUUGUUCACCCAACUACAAAUAACAAGCUAAAACCACGACGUGCCACUUUCUGCAGUCAAAUGAGGGACUAUCAAUCUUCUCGAGACAUAUAAUAUCGUGAAGUAUUCCCAGUGGCGCGUAUAUAAAUACAAUUUUAUAUUAUAAACUCCCAUAGCUUUUAGAGUCUAUAUAGCGCUAUGGGGAUACUGUCAAUACAAUAAAAUGACUCCCUUUAUGCUGUUCGCCAUGGUUUAUGUAUUGGCUACACUACGUUUUUUUUUUUAGUUUUUGUGUUGUGUAAUCCAAAGAAGUAGGAACACUGACAAUAUGCACUUUGUUAUUAGUUUUUCAUAAUAAUAAUAAUCUUUAUUUAAUAUAGGAAGUCCUAAUACAUAGUAGUUUUUUUUAAAUAUUACAUAUUAUCGUCAUUCUGCACCGAUUCAGUUGAAGAAAUAAAAUAAAACAAAAUAAAAUCUUGAUAGAAUUAGUAAUAAAAUCAGUAAUAAGAGUAAGACGUUUAGUACUAAAGUUAAAAUAAAUACAUAUUAAAGUAAACAUACAAAGUUAAUUUUGUUAAUUUAAUUUACGGACUGGAAAUAAAUUGUAUUAAACAUUUUUUAAACUUAGGUAGAGAGGUACUCGUUUUAAUUUCACUAGGCAAAGCAUUAAAUUCACGUAAUCCACAUCGAUAUAUAUCAUGAUAUUUAUACCUUGAUAUAUAUCCGAUAUAUUCGAUAAUUUUAUUUAUUAAAUUAAAAAUGUUUUCUACCAUUCUGAACAUCGGAAAAUGUCUCAAUACGCCCCUGUAUAAAAGUACAAUAACUAGCAAUUUAUAUGUGUUUGUGUUAAAUUAUUAAUGUUAACAAAAUAAUGUUAAAAUCGGUUUAUUUUAUUAAUUAUUUUUGUUUUUUCUUUUUAACUUGAGUUAGAAUAAACGGUUUUGUUAUUUAGAAUAUAAGUUUUUGUUAAUAUGUUUGUGUUAAAAUUUAAAAUAUGUUUGUGAAAGAAACAAUACUGUUUUUUAAAUUUUAAAAAAUGAUAUAUAUCGGAUAUAUAUCAUGUGAUAUGAUAUUUAUAUAAAUAUCAUGAUAUUUUCGAACCCUGAUCCACAUAUAAAAAUAGAUUUUGUUGCUAUAGGUAGUCUUGUUUGUGG